AUGACAAAUGUUAUAGAAUGUACUUUCAAAGCCCCUCCUCCAAGUGCAAAAAUACCUGAGAAUGCCGUUAUUUGGAAUGAAUUUCAAUAUUCUGAUGAAAAAGGAUGGUAUUCGUUAUCAAAUCAUGAAGAAUUAUCUUUGAGACCUACUGUCUUUGAUGACAAAAGAAUUAAGUUUUUACCGCAAUUACAGAAAGUACCUUCAGAAUUUGAGUUAGUUCUAUGUGGAAAGUAUGAUGCAAAAGCUUGGGGUAAAGAUGAUUGUAAUGUAGUUAUUGAAGGUGAAAAGGACGUUCAUAUUAGUCUUCCAGGAUUGACAGAAAAGAUAAAUUACAAUCAUCCAGUAAGAUUUCCAACAUUUUUGAAAAAUUGGAAAAUUAUUGUAAAUUUGAUUAAUGAAAACGUUACAAUGAUACGUAUAAAUACAGAAACAGCGGUAAUAAUAAGUAUAAACGAAAAGAAAAAUAUAACGGUUAAAUCAAUAGAUUUUAAUAAUGGUUUUUUAUGUGUUAAUCCACACACAGAUUUAGCUAUUGCUUAUGGUGAUUUUGCCUUGAGUGAAUUGAAGAAAUGCGAGAAAGUUCCACCUAUUGUACAUGAAGGUGGAGAAUGGGGAUUUUUUGUUCAUUUAUUCAAAUGGGGUCAUAUUAUUGUACCAAAAGAAUUAGAAAUGAAAUUACCUUCACCAGGAUUAAAGUUAAUUGGAAAGAAAGUUGAUACGGUAGCAAUUGUUUCCAUUCCUCCAAAUAUACAUGUACACGUGAAAGUUGAUGGACCAAAAUGUAUAAAAAGGUUGGAAUACGGAAAAGACUUUAAUAUUACUGCAAUAAAGAGCAGCGAAUCAGAUGUUGAUAUUUAUUUACUCUUUCAUAGUCAAUUGCUAAAAUAUGAAUUUUCUUUUGACACUAGAUUAAAUAAACCAGAAAAAGGUAGAUCUAAUCAUUAUGCGAAAUUAAAAUGUACAAGUAAGAACAAGGAAGUAUCUUCCUUCACAUUUCAGCAAGCAUCUAAUUUAAAAAUAUUGUUAGCGUCGAAUUGUCCUAGUGAUAAUUUAGGUCAUUUGUUAAGUAAUCAAACUAUAGCAAUUUUUAAUGGAGAAACAGGAGAAUAUCUCAGUCACCCACAGGGGCUUCAGUUAACAAGCGUUUUUAGCAAAUUGUCAUACCCUAUUGAAAAAGAUUAA